AUGUCUACAAAUUUAUCAACCUUCCGUACAAAACAACAAUACAAUAUAAAUUCACGCCAUCAAUAUCCAUCACAAUAUAUGUUACCUUCAUAUAUGCAAGGAUCUAAUGGAAUAAUAUUUAAUAUGAAUAAUUUUCCACCACUAUCAGAUCAAUAUACAAAUGAACCAAUGCUACCUGGUGUUUAUAAACAAUAUGGAGCAGGUCCAAGUGAUUCAUAUGGACACUACCUCCAUGUUAUCCACAAACGCAAACAGGAAGAUAUUGGAAAAAAAUGA